CGGCCCCACCAGCAUCCUGUGACUCUAACCUCCAGCUGGACCAGGAGACAGGAGCCCCGCUGACCUGGGAACGGGGAGGCUGAGGGCGCCCACGCCCCAUAACAGAGGACGUGGCCCUUUCAGAGGCAGCUCACUGUGUCCACACCGACUUCCCCAACAGCUUAAUCCGAGAGUUGUGGGGAAGGGGGGAUGAUGUCUCUCCUGGAACCGGAAUGCAGACAGGAGCUAGAGCAGCAGCUCCUGAUAGAGAAGAGGAACUACCGGAAGACGCUGAAGUUCUACCAGAAGCUCCUGCAGAAGGAGAAGCGCAGUAAAGGCUCCGAGGUGAAGACCAUGUUGUCCAAACUGAGAGGACAGCUGGAAGAAAUGAAGUGCAAAGUGCAGUUCCUGGGACUGGUCAAGAAGUACCUGCAGGUCAUGUACGCGGAGCGGUGGGGCCUGGAGCCCUGCGCCCUGCCCGUGAUCGUGAACAUCUCUGCGGCCCACUGCGACACGCUGGAUUUCAGCCCCCUGGAUGAGUCCUCGUCCCUCAUCUUCUACAACGUCAGCAAGCACCCGCGUGGCGGCAAGCAGAGGAAGGCCCGCGUCCUGCAGGCGGGCACGCCUCUGGGGCUCAUGGCAUACCUCUACUCCAGUGACGCCUUCCUGGAGGGGUACGUACAGCAAUUCCUCUACACCUUCCGGUACUUCUGCACGCCCCAGGACUUCCUGCACUUCCUCCUGGACCGCAUCAACAGCACCCUGUCCAGGGCCCACCAGGACCCCACCUCGACCUUCACCAAGAUCUACAAGCGAAGCUUCUGCCUGCUGCAGGCCUGGCUGGAAGACUGCUAUGCUGUGGACUUCACUCGGAACACCGGGCUCCUGGGCAGGCUUGAGGACUUCAUCUCUUCCAAGAUCCUGCCGCUGGACGGCUCAGCGGAGCACCUGCUGGGCCUCCUGGAGGUGGGCACUGACCGGCGGGCCGAGGGCACCUCACGUGGCACAGACCUGGAGGACUCCAAGGAGGCCGAGGAGGACGCCAGACCUCUCAAUGCCCUCUGUAAGAGGCUCUCAGAGGAUGGCAUCUCCCGGAAGAGCUUCCCCUGGAGGCUGUCCCGGGGCAACGGGCUGGCGCUGCCACACCGCAAGCAGCGCCAAUACAGCAUCGCGUCGGCGCUGCCCAAGCCCUGCUUCUUCGAGGACUUCUGCGGCCCCUCUGCCAAGGCCAGCGAGAAGGGCGCCUGCUUCCUGACCGAGUACAGCGCCCACCAGCUCUUCAGCCAGCUAACGCUUCUGCAGCAGGAAUUAUUUCAAAAGUGCCAUCCCGUCCACUUCUUAAACUCACGGGCCCUGGGCGUCAUGGACAAAAGUGUGGCCAUCCCCAAAGCCAGCUCCUCCGAGUCUCUGUCAGCCAAAACCUGCAGCUUAUUUCUGCCCAAUUACGUGCAGGACAAGUACCUAUUACAGCUUUUGAGAAGUGCAGAUGACGUCAGCACCUGGGUGGCAGCUGAAAUUGUGACCAGCCACACCUCCAAGGUGGGUGCCUCGGCAGCUUCCAUCUCAGAGAAGGGUUUGGGGUAG